CAAAAAAACCCUAUAAAUCGCUACACUCUGUUACUUUCGGCUCCGGCUACGACUCAGCCUCCAACCUCUCACUUCCCUCUGAUUCCACGGUCAUUAAAAGCCAAGACCAGAGGCUGAGAAUCAAAACAGAUCAACGAGUUCUGGAGUCUCUGAGUGAUUCUGAAAGAUGGAGGAAGAGAUUAGCUCAAAGAGGCCAUUUAGAGGGAUCAUAGCAGAUCUCAAAGGAAGAGCCUUGUGUUACAAGCAAGACUGGAUCAUUGGUCUCCGUUCUGGUUUCGGGAUUUUAGCACCAACGACAUACAUAUUUUUUGCAUCUGCGCUUCCGGUUAUAGCCUUUGGAGAGCAACUCAGCCGUGACACAGAGGGAGCGUUGAGCACGGUAGAAACGUUAGCAUCAACAGCGUUAUGUGGAGUGAUACACUCAAUAUUAGGAGGACAGCCACUGUUGAUACUUGGAGUUGCAGAACCAACUGUCUUAAUGUAUGUUUACUUGUACAACUUCGCUAAAGGAAGACCAGAGUUAGGCAAAGAACUCUACUUAGCUUGGGUGGCUUGGGUUUGUGUAUGGACGGCUAUGUUACUGUUCUUGAUGGCGAUCCUCAACGCGGCUGAUAUCAUUAACCGGUUCACGAGGAUUGCUGGUGAGCUGUUUGGUAUGUUGAUCUCCGUUCUGUUCAUCCAACAAGCCAUUAAGGGUAUGGUGGGCGAAUUUAGUAUGCCAAAAGAGGGGGACUCAAACCUCGAAAAGUAUAAGUUUGAGUGGCUCUACACAAACGGACUUCUUGGACUCAUUUUCACCUUUGGCCUUCUCUACACUGCUUUGAAGAGCAGAAAAGCUAGGUCUUGGCGAUAUGGAACAGGAUGGUACAGAAGCUUCAUUGCGGACUAUGGAGUUCCUUUGAUGGUUGUGGUUUGGACAGCAUUGUCUUUCACCACGCCAUCAAAACUCCCAUCUGGUGUCCCGAGAAGACUCUUUAGUCCUCUUCCUUGGGACUCUGCUUCUUUAGAACACUGGACUGUUAUCAAGGACAUGGGGAAAGUCUCUCCGGGAUACAUUUUUGCGGCGUUUAUACCAGCACUGAUGAUUGCAGGACUCUACUUCUUUGAUCAUAGUGUUGCUUCACAGCUAGCUCAGCAAAAGGAGUUCAACCUCAAGAACCCUUCUGCGUAUCACUAUGACAUUCUCUUGUUGGGAUUUAUGACGUUGAUCUGUGGAUUGCUCGGCCUGCCUCCUUCUAAUGGAGUCCUUCCUCAGUCUCCUAUGCAUACCAAAAGCCUCGCUGUUCUCAAACGACAGUUGAUUCGGAGGAAGAUGGUGAAGACAGCCAAAGAAAGCAUAAGGAAGAGAGCAACAUCUUCUGAAGUGUACGAGAACAUGCAAGAAGUCUUCAUAGAAAUGGACAAAAGCCCAAUCUCUCAGCCAGAGAGAAUAGUGAUACUUGAGCUGCAAGAUUUAAAAGAAGCCGUAAUGAAGAGCAACGAGGACGAAGGAGAGAGAGACGAGGAGAGCGGUGGUUUCGAUCCAGAGAAGCACUUGGACGCUUACUUGCCCGUACGAGUCAACGAGCAGAGAGUGAGCAACCUUUUACAGUCACUGCUAGUAGCAGGUGCAGUGUUGGCUAUGCCGGCCAUCAAGCUCAUGCCGACUUCAGUUCUAUGGGGAUACUUCGCUUACAUGGCCAUCGACAGCCUCCCUGGAAACCAAUUCUUCGAGCGCAUGAUGCUUCUCUUCGUCCUACCAAGCCGGCGAUUCAAGGUCUUGGAAGGAGCACAUGCGUCGUUCGUGGAGAAGGUUCCUUACAAGUCAAUGGCUGCGUUCACACUCUUGCAGAUAUUCUACUUUGGGAUUUGUUACGGAGUGACGUGGAUUCCUGUAGCUGGAAUAAUGUUUCCGGUUCCUUUCUUUCUCUUGAUAGCCAUCAGACAGUACAUUCUACCAAAGCUAUUUAACCCGUCUCAUCUCCGAGAACUCGAUGCGGCUGGGUACGAGGAGAUCCCAGGCACUCCCAGGGACCCGCUUGAAUUGUCUUUCCGGGCGACUGAUUCGACGAGAGGCGUUCCAGAGUAUGAUGCUGAGAUUUUAGACGAGUUAACGACGAGAAGAGGGGAGCUCAAAGUCCGUACGGUUAGUCUUAAUGAAGAGAAAGGCAACCAGAUAUAUCCCAAGGAAAAAGAACAAGGAGGGGAUGGAACACGAGAGUAGUACUACGAGACAGUGAGUGAUAUUAAUAACAGAAACAACGAAUACCAUUUUUCGAGUUAUUUGACCACUUAGUAUUUGUUUGUAGAUCAAAACCAUAGAUGAUACGUGUGGCUUUAUUAUUCCCAAUUCUUAUUAAAAUUAAAACAUCCACAUGUUCUUCUUAGCAGUAAUAAUACAUAAAAAUGUUAUGAACAUGUAUCAGUGACGUUUCUCCUUGUAUUUCAUUAAAGUGUACGAUUUCAC